AUGGGGAAGCAACGAAGAGCGGCAGUGUUGCCCACGAACAUCAUAUUGCUCCAAAACGUGGUGCGGAAAGACCCAGAGUCGUACCACGAGGAGUUCCUCCAACAAUACUCGCACUACGAAUCGCUUCGAGACUUGUACUUGGAGAACCCCACCGGUACCGACUCCAACUCCACCACCGAGUUCAUCGAGUUGAUCGGAUUCGUCUCGGCGGUAUGCAGCUGCUACCCCAAGGAAACCAGCAACUUCCCCCAGGAACUCAAAACUUUACUCCUUCAAAACCACCGCAAUUUGACGUCUGAGCUCCGCGAAAAAAUCAUCCAGUGCUUAACCAUGUUGAGAAAUAAGGACAUUAUCUCGGCGGAGAGCUUGAUCCAGACGAUAUUCCCGCUUUUGACUGCGUACGCCACGGGGGUGACGCACGCGGGGCAGCACGUGAAGCAGAUGCGCCGCCAGAUCUACUCGACGCUCGUGGCGCUUUUGAAGUCAGUCAACACGGGCACCAAGAAUCAGCGACUCAACAAGUCGACGCAGGCUCUGCUUUUCAAUCUUUUGGAGCAGAAGGAUACGCAGGGUUUAUGGGCGACGAAAUUGACGCGGGAGUUGUGGCGGAGAGGGAUAUGGGAUGAUUCGCGCACGGUGGAGAUUAUGACUCAGGCUGCAUUGCAUCCGGAUUCGAAAGUUGCCAUUGCUGGAGUGCGGUUCUUUUUGGGGGCGGAUAAGGAGAGAGAAGAGAAUUUUGAGGAUGAUUCGAGCGAUGAGGAUGGGUUCGAUAUGGGUGCGUUGAAACAUAAGCUUGAAGUCAAUAAGAAAUCGUCGAAACGGGGCAAGAAGUUGGAACAGGCGGUGAAGCAGAUGAAGAAGAAGAAGCUGGGGGCAAAGCACUCGGCUACGUAUUUGAAUUUCUCAGCGAUACAUUUAUUGAGAGACCCGCAAGGUUUCGCAGAGCAAUUAUUCGAUACUCAUUUGAGCUCGAAAAACUCCAACAAGUUCGACUUGGACCAGAAGAUCUUGUUUAUGAAUUUGAUCUCGAGGCUAAUUGGAACGCACAAGUUGAUCGUAUUGGGCAUCUACUCCUUCUUUUUAAAGUACCUCACGCCGAAGCAACGAAACGUGACCCAGAUCAUGGCAGCGUCAGCUCAGGCCUCGCAUGAUUUAGUACCACCCGAGAGCAUCGAGAUUGUCGUGCGCAAGAUUGCCGAUGAGUUUGUCAGCGACGGAGUCGCGGCAGAAGUGGCCUCCGCGGGGAUCAACACCAUCCGCGAGAUCUUGUCGCGGGCACCAUUGGCGAUUGACGCGUCCUUGCUCCAGGACUUGACCGAGUAUAAAGGGUCCAAAUCGAAAGCGGUGAUGAUGGCAGCGCGGUCCUUGAUUUCGCUCUAUCGUGAAGUCGCGCCGGAAAUGUUGCUCAGGAAAGACCGAGGAAAGACCGCUAGUAUGGAGUUGCAAAAGGGCGAUAAGCCGAAACCUCGCGGUCCUCAAUAUGGGGUUGAGCAGAGCGUCACUGGUAUCCCAGGUUUGGAGUUGUUGGCCAAAUGGAAGCAAGAGCAAGGCAAAGACGGCAAUGAAGACGAGGAGGAUGAUGCUAAUUGGGAAGUCGAUGAAGGUGAAGGUGAAGAUGGAGGUAGCGACGUUGAGGGGGAGUGGGUUACCGUUGAUUCGGAUAAGGAAAUUGAUAUUUCCGAUAGUGAGGAUGACGACGAUGGAAAGGAGGAAUUGGAGAAGGAAGACGAUGUGUCUGAUUUAGACUUGUCUUCAGAUGAGGAAGUUGAGGGUGAUGCUGAAGCUGAAGUUGACGGCGACGUGGACGAACGGCCGAGAAAGAAGGCCAAACUCGAUUCGCAAGCAGAACAGCCCCCAUCAGCCGAACAAGCAAUGGCCGAAUUGCUCUCGUCGCGCAUCCUCACCCCAGCAGACUUUGCAAAACUCGAAGAAUUACGAACCGAAGCCGGCGUCAAGAACCUCAUGGGCAUAGCCAACGAAGACGCCGUCGACUCCACUUCCUUAGUCGGCAAAGUGAAAUACAAGCAGUUGCGAGAAGAGAGAAUCGCCCACGCGAAGGAAGCCAAGGAGGAUCGCGGCAAAUUUGGCUCGCGCAAGGGUAAACGUGACGCGGCCCAUUCCACUACCAACAGGGAAAAAGCUAGGAAGAAGAACUUUGUCAUGAUGAUUCACAAGAAGGCAGUGCAGGGAAAGCAGAAGUUGUCGUUACGUGAUAGACAGAAAGUUCUUCGUGCUCAUAUCGACAAGCAGAAAAAGAAAGGAAAGUAG